UUAAUAUUUAUUUUAUACAAAAGGUGAAUAAAUAUUAGUUUACUUAGUCAUGGUGGGUUUUAUAUCAAUGACUGUUUUUCUGGGAGUUUUUUUAAGUUCUAUGUCAUUUGUGAAAACGGAUAAAGUGGAAUGUGUAGAUGAUAUGAUCACCUAUAGAUACACAGAGUGUGAUAGCAGUAACAACAGAUGGCGAGUCGCAGUUCCAAGAAAUGAUGAAUGUGAAAUAAAAAACCCACUGCCGCCAGUGUUUGGUCGUGAAUGUGGAUUCUCUUGCAGCAAAGGGGAAUACCUUGACCUUGAUAGCCAAGAAUGUAAAAUGUGUCCGACUGGCACCUAUUCACUUGGCAGUGGAGUAAGAUAUAAUUCAUGGGACAAGAUUCCAGAUGGAUUUUCAGUUUCUUCGAGUUCGUUUACGUUUGCGGAAUACGGUUAUCAUGCUAAAGUUGACGAUUGUACCACAUCAGUCUGGAAUGGUCAAAAAGAUUAUAUCAGCUCGAAUGACAAUGAUUGCACAAGCACUUUAAGUUAUUCUGUUGAUGUGAAGACAACGGGAUCAGUCUCAUUCACUUAUCAGUAUCCAGAUGAAGAUCUUAUCUUUCAUUUCUAUAUUCAAAAUGGUGAAUGUCAAACAUUGCAUACGAAUGGAAAAAAUCUUUUUCUCAAUACCACUGGUACAUCUUGGAAAACUCAUCAAGUUGACUUGGAUCAAGGCACUAAUGUACUGAUAUGGAAGACUACUGGUUUAUUAUUAGGUGAAAAGGAAAGAAUUAGUCCUGCUUUGAUAAAAGAUAUUGAAAUCAGUGGUGUCUCCUACACAACAAAUUGCCAUAGAUGUGAAGCUGGUUUCUUUGCUGAUGCGGAGGGGUCUCAUUGGUGUAAACCUUGUGAUGCAAACACACACAGCGAUGUCAAUGCAAAAGAGUGUACCCCUUGCGAUACUCUUACACAAUAUGCUCCUGUUGCAUCACCAAAUUGCAUAGAUAAACCUGCUUGUACUGAACAUGAUUAUUUUGAAACCCACAGUCCCUGUGAUGAAAACAAAACUACCAAAGUUAUGUACAAAUGGCGUGAACCAAAAAUUUGUAAUGAAGAUGGAGAAGGGGCAAUCAAGUUACCAGCUUCUGAUACAACCAAAGAAUGCCCGCCAUGCAAUCUAGGUUUUCACCAAACUGAAUCUGGAACUUGUUCACCGUGCAAUGAAGGUCAAUUUUCUAAUGGAAAGGAAGAGUGCCAAGAAUGUCCUGUGGGAACUGCUCCCAAUUAUGGGUUUUUCUAUACAUGGUGGGAUGUGAUUCCAAAAAAUAUAAAUGUAUCUUGUUUGACAGUUCAUUCUGAACAUUGUAUUGGUACAGAAGGAUGGGUUGCCAGCGGAAGUAUGAUUCAAACUAGUCAAAUGGAGAUUCCUGUAGCUUAUCUUUUACUCAAGCUACACAUUGAUGGGUUUCGUAGUUUUAAAGUCUCACCUGAAGGAUCAAAAGUUUAUGGAUCUAUUACGUUUGUUUUUGAGAUGUCUUGCUCUAAAGGCUGCGUAAUGUAUUUGAUGAGAAACGUACAUGGAUUUGGAACCAAUGUUGUUGAUAGCUGGCAUGGUAAAAAGGAAAAACAAACUUACACAAUGGACGUUGUGAGAAAUGAAACUAUGACCCUUUCGUGGGCCUUUCAGAAAACAAGUGUCACUUCACCAGAAAUGAAGACAGCUGUAGCAAAAGAUCGAGCUAUCAUUUACUCUAUCACUGUUACAAAUGCGAUUGGUGCACCAGCUGAUCAGUGUCAUUCGUGUGCUGCAGGGGCAAAUGACGCUGGUUGUAUUCCAUGUCCUGCUGGUCAUUUUAUUGAACCAGACAGCAAGAAAUGUCAUUCCUGUCCAUCCAACACCAUACUUCCAUUUGAAACAACCCACAAUGCCCAGUGCACUGAAUGCAAUGAAGGUACGACAAGUAACAAAGCUCAUACUGCGUGUAAAAAUGAUUGUACUUUUCUGUCUAACACUACUGGACGAGAAUAUGAUUUAUCAUUUUUAUCGAAGCCACAGAUUGCCAGCACUCCGCCAAGCUUUACAAGCACAGGGCGAAAGUAUGUUCAUUUCUACAAUUUUAGCAUUUGUGGCAAUGAAGGGCUUGGAGAUGCAGAAUGUUUCGAUAACAAAUCGCUUUCCAGAAAUUUAAUGUACGGAGUUCAAAAGGUUAAAGGCAUGAUUUGUCGUUCAACAAAACUGAAUAGUCUUGGAUCCACUAAUCGAGCAGUGCCUGUGUUCUCUCAGCCUCAAGUUAUUUCUCACGUUCUUGAGAGAGUUUUUCAACAAGAUUUGAAUGCUACUAAACCAGAUGAUUCAGUUGAAGACUGCAAUGAAGGAAAUCUAUUUUUCCCAAUAUCUCAGUACCAACUAUAUGGAGAUAUUAUAUAUGUAUUUGGAUCCAACGUCAACAGUUCUGAGUGUCCAAGCGGAAUGAAAUCUUUUGUUCAUCUACGCUGCGAUCCUAAUAUUACAGAAGAAAAUACGAAAAUUGAAAUGCCUGCUAAAUAUCCGGAAGGUUCUUGUGAUGGUUGUUUUUUCCAUUUCUUGAUACGCUCCUCUGAAGCAUGUCCUUUAUGCACUGCUGAUGAUUAUUUUUCUUUAGAAGGAGCUUGCAAGGAUAGCGUCAUUACAACAAGGUACAUGUGGAAGUCGUAUCCGAAAGCCUGUAAGGACGGUGUCAGUUUACCAGAUUAUACAAAAACUCAUUGUAUGGAUUAUAAGCUUUAUAUCGAAAUAGGAAUUUUAGGAGGAGUCGUUCUUUUUGUCAUACUCUUGGCUAUUUUAUGCUCAAUUUGGAAGAAAAGUCGUAAAUUGGAAUAUAAAUAUCAAAAGCUUAUGGAUUCAGGAAAAAAUGGAGGAGAAUUACCUGCAGCGGAGACUUGUGCCAUAUCAAGCAGUGAAUCUGAAGAUGAUGAAAGUGAAGAAGUUAUGUUUCGUAAAAAAAGAGAAAAAAUGUUGGGAAAGAAAACAAAAGAGAAUGAAAAGAUUCCUCUUAACACCAUGCACCAUAGCAUAAACAUGUAACAUGAAUUUUGUUCUAUACAGACACCACAUGGAAUUAGAUUUUGGGAACUUUUUUGUUUCUAUCGUAGAUACUGUAUUACUUAGUUUAUUACAUGAUUGUUCCUAAGGUUAGUUUUUGUUGAAAAACUGACUUUUUUGAUAAUUCAUUAUUGUUUAGCAUGGCGCUUAGCUGAAUCAUACUUAACAUAGUAAAUAAUUCUUAAUCAACAUUUUCUACAUGAAAUUCCUUUCGCUCUGAGUCACCGCCCUUUGUUUCGUUAAUAAGGAUCUAAUUUUGUUUGCGUCUGUGCACGAGUUAGACCGUAUUUCAGAAACCUUCCACUUUACUAAGCAACUGUCUGUUUUGACAUCUGAUCCAGCGGUUCAUGUUAUUAAUAAGGAUGAUUUAAUAUUUCAUUUACUAAUAUUAAGUUGAUUGAAAAAUUCUUCACAUGAAUAUAUCUUUAGACACUUGUCGGUCAACUUAUAAACAAUUUGUCUCUAUGUAUCUGUUAUCAAUUUAUCAUCUUAUUUUGUAGUAUUUUUCAUGGUACAACAUGUGUCUUGCUGAAAUGUGUCUGAUUUUCUUGCCGCACAAGCUGUAUUAAUUUAUUGUUUUAUACAAGCAAGCUGUAUUGUGUCUUAAAUUUUUUUUGCACUAAGUAUUUAAUCAAUAACAGUGACAGACGCUGUUGUUUGUUGUUGUUGCACAAGAUCAAUUUCUGAAUCAUGUUCCUGCUGCCUAUUGCUAAGAAGUAAACAAAGAACAAAAUCAAUAUGAAAAUGCUGCUUGCUGUAUAGCAUAAAUGUGAUGAUAGAAAAUCGACUCUAGGGUGUCCAAAUUGGAAUAAAUAUCAGAAUAUUCUUUCAUAAAAUUCAGAAUUUGAGCAAUAAAAUAAAAUAGAAAUUAUAUUCUAUAUGUUAAAUACAUAUAUAUUGAUUUAUGCAAAUUUCUCCCUAACUAAGUGGUAUGUUUCAUUUUCUCAUGGAUGACAUAUGUGAAACAAAAAAUGUUAAACAAAAAUUAGGGGCAUAAUAAUGUUUUAUUGAUAGAAAACGUGUCAAAAAUAUAUUGAAUUUGGAAUUUUUCAAAUUAAAUCAUUGAGAUGUGACUAAUGCAUCCUGUAAAAAUCAAUAAAUCCACCUUUUUGGGUAGCCUGAAUUCCUUGGUUGAUUAGAUUAUUAACCUUUUCAUUUUGAAGGAUAAAAUAAAAUGCCUCACUUCAUAAUAGACCAUUUUUUAUAUAAUGAAAUAUUUCGGAAUGAGUAAUUUUUUAUUUGGUGCUAUGACAUAUUUUUCUUUUCUGCUUUAACUUGUAUUUAUGCAGUGUUAUUAAUCAUGCAUCUGUCUGAUCAUAAUUUGCAGUCAAUACAUUCCCAUUUUUGCAGUCAACCUUUUUUAGUCAGUACUGAAGACAGGCCACAAAGAGUUUGUUUUUUCAGGCUUGUUCCAUUCAUGAAGCAUCCUUGCUAAAAUGAAUAAAACGAUUUUAUUGUACUCUUUUCUAAUGUUAAAAAUUUUAAUUUAAUAUGCUAAUGCAGUUCUCAAACAUUCAUGAAAUCAUUGUCACUCACCACAUGUGAAUUUUUGCACAUUUUAUGCCCUUCUGAAAUUUUGCACAGUAUGGAAGUCGUACUUAUCAGUACUCCAUCAUUCCUAUUAUUUCGUUACUCUAAAAACUACUUUGACAAUAAAUUUAAUAUAACUAAUACAAUAAUAUCCCAUAUCUGCUUGUGAUUCGUUGAAACUUGUGUAUUAUUCUAACUUGUUUAUUAUUUGCAACGUAUUUCUUAGUAUUACUGAUUGUUGAUGAUAUGUGCCAUUGUUGUGUCAAUAGUGAUGGCCCUAUGGAUACUUUAGGUAAAAUUUGAAAUGAUGCCAAAUUUGUACAUGACUUCUGUUUAAUAGUCAUCUGUCAACCCAUACAGGGAAAUUUUUGUUUUUUAAAAAAGAAUUUAUAACAAUCUCAAUAUCUAUCACAACCACAUAUGGAAUAGACCAGUAUUUCCUAUGAUUUGUUUCUUACCCAAUGGACCAAUCUAUGAAAAAAAUCUAGAUUGUAUUUUAUAUGCUAAUUUGUGUAAUGUAUAUAUUUUAAACUUUCUGAACUGAAAAUAAUUGUUACUACUAUGAAUGUUACUGUAUAUGAUAAGGUUCUGAGAAUAGUUAUUAACAUUGUGUUUCCAUUAUGAUAACGGACCAAAAUAUUAUUGUAUAUAUUAUAAUUGCUUUGCACAAUUAUUGCUGUGACCGUGACGGGAUUGCGCAAUAUCUUAUUUCAAUGCAGCAUUUUUUAUUCAUCUUGUGUGUGUAUAUACCAUGUUCACUAUAUAAUUGGACUUUCAUUUUGAGCAAAGAAGGACGUGUUCUUUUCAUUUUAGUAGCCAGUAGAAAUGCCGAUAUAUUCACUGCAUUCUUGGCAAUUAUGCUAAAUUAUUCCAUGUGGGAUAAAUCAAAAUAUAUGCCAAAUUAAAAUGGAAUAAAAUUGGUUCGUUUCUCUGAUAAGUAAUAAUUUUAGGGUUUUCUGUAAACAUGAUUUUUUUGCAGUACCACUGACUAUAAAAUCAUUCAAUUUUAAGUAAAUGAUUUUUUGAAAAUUUUUUAUUUUUUUUUUUGGAAAUUCCGUUUGUCAUUUAUUCAAAAAAAUUUACCUUCAUUAACAGGGGCAAGUUUAUAUAAAUUCAUGUAGUACAUUUUCUCUGCUAAAUUGAUUAAAAGUGAAAUUUGAAUCGAUUCGAAUUCAGAGAAAAAUUCUGAUAUAUCAGACAGACAUCUGUUAUUUAAACCUCUUUUUUGAUGCUACCUGUUGCCAUAUCAUUUCAGUUCAAAGUGAAAUAUUUUAAUUAUAGAUGAAUCCAGUAAUGUAUAUGUUUACUUCACUGUUUGUUCUCACCAGAUGUCUUCAAUUUUAUAAUCAUUAUUAUAAAUAUUCAUCAGCAGUAAAUAAUUUAAUACUAUUGUAAUAUGUUUAUUUUAAUGCAGUGCUGAAUUCCUACUGUCUUUCUUAGUGUGCUCAUUGUGUUGUGCUGAUAGUAUAUCUGUCUAAAAGUGAGUAAUGGUAAUGUAUGCUGUAUACAACAGUGGUUCAUAACUUUCAUGUGCUUGUACCUUUUAAGCUCAUAUUUCUCGUUUGUAGAGGGUUGCUAUAAGAAAUGUAAUCCUAAAUCAAAACCAAUUCAAUGAGGAAACCGAAAAUGCUUAAGACUAAGAGUACAUGUGAAUGCUGUUAAUUACAAAGUACAAUACAGCAGUAUUUUUAAAGUAUGCAAUUAAACGGGCCAAAUUAAUUCUAUAUUGAAAUGAAAUCAAUACAAUUUUUCUUACCCAAUGCACUCAUGCAUAUCUGUCGACCACAGACAGAACCGAAAGAAAAUAUCUUUACUGUAAAAUCCACUUGAAAUUCCUUUACGGAUUUACAAUGGAUACAAGUUUAAAAAUGUAAUUUGAAGCCUCACGAUAUAUCUAGUUUAGUUUUUCAGAUUGUGUUUGUAGGGCUAAUGCAAUCUAUAUUGUUGUUAAAUAUUACUGGAUUCAUUUUUUGGCUUGUCUUUGUUGAUAUAGAUUCGUCGAGCUUAUUUGUGUCAUAUUACCUUACAUUAGUCUUAAAAAUCAAGUUGAAUGCUGGUAUGUAAAUCAUGGUGUUACUUGUUAGUAGACUAUAAUACUUGUUAAAUUACUUGUAUUGAUGAUGUAUUAUUUCCUGACUUGUUGCAAAAACCUAAAAUUUUCUUGAAGCAAUAAUUGAAACCAUUAAAAUUGUUUUCUGCUGUC